AUAACCGCAGAAUACGUAUAAAACACAAACGUUUAUUCUGCGAUAAAUAACUCAUAAGUGAAUUGUAUUAUUAAACCAUUAGAUAUAAUUAUUUUAUUAUUAAUAUAACAAUGGACGAAGUACAGAAGUUGGAGCACCUUUCCCUGGUCUCAAAAAUAUGUACAGAAUUAGAAAAUCACUUGGGAAUGAAUGACAAAGAUUUAGCUGAAUUUAUAAUACAUCUUGCUGAGAAAAACCCGGAACAAGAAGCAUUCAAACGCGUCCUAGCUGAAAAUGGAGCUGAAUUCUCCGAUUCAUUCAUCACAAAUCUUCUUCGUAUAAUUCAACACAUGAAACCAGCCUUAUCCAAAGCAUCUGGACUAUCAGGCAAACUAAUAUCCAAACAAGAUGUGCUCACAGAAAAAUUCCCUGGGCUUGCAAUUCCAAAUGAACCACAAAAACCACUUUAUCAAGAAAUCGAAGAAGAAGAAAAAGAAAAAGCAGUGGAUACUGAUGUAGUAGCUGAUUUAAUGGCACAAUUCGAAGCUGCAGCACCCGGUAGUAAACCAACAAAGCGCCAAAGGUCAAAAUCAAGAAGUCCAGACAAACACAAAAGACAAGACAGAAGAAAUCGCAGCAGAAGUAGAAGUAAAGGAAGAAGCAGACGAAACAGAAGCCGAAGUGGAAGUAGAUCCCGCCACAGAAGAUCCAGAUCACGAAAUAGAGACAGCGGAAGAAGUAGAAACAGAAAUAAAUCCCGCGAUCGAUCAAAUUCACGCUCAAGACAUCGUGAUCGGUCAAGAUCACGCGAUAGAAGCCGUCGUAAUGAUCGCGCACGCGCAGAACGCUCAGACCGCGACCAAAAACGACGCAACCGAAGUGAAGAACAUGAAAUGGACGAUGAUCCAGUCCCCGGAAAGAUCUACACCGGUAAAGUAGCUAACAUAGUCCCAUUCGGUUGUUUUGUGCAAAUGGAAGGUCUGCGCAAGCGCUGGGAAGGUUUAGUACACAUUUCACAACUACGCGCAGAAGGACGCGUCACCAACGUGUCCGAAGUAGUCGCACGCGGAAACAAAGUAAAAAUAAAAGUCUUAUCUGUAACCGGGCAAAAAGUCUCACUUUCCAUGAAAGACGUCGAUCAGAACACCGGAAGAGACCUUAACCCUACUUCGCAUCCAAGUCAACGUGAACGUGACGACCAGGAUCGCAAUCCAGACCGGCCUAUGUACAACAGCACAUCAGUUCUACGCCUACCAGUAAACAACGACGAAUCUGAGGAGGAUUCGCGCAAGCGCGUUACGCGUAUAUCCAGCCCUGAACGCUGGGAAAUCAAACAGAUGAUAUCGUCUGGUUGCAUAGAUAAAAGUGAACUGCCUGAUUUUGAUGAUGAAACAGGUUUGUUACCCAAAGAUGAAGACGGAGGUGAAGCAGAUAUUGAAAUCGAGUUAGUAGAAGAAGAGCCGCCAUUUUUGCAUGGUCAUGGCCGCGCUAUGCAUGACCUAAGCCCUGUCAGAAUUGUCAAAAACCCCGAUGGGAGUCUAGCGCAAGCCGCCAUGAUGCAAUCGGCACUCGCGAAAGAACGCCGUGAGUUAAAAAUGAUCCAACGCGAAGCGGAGGUUGAUCAACACCAAACAGGCAAAGGAAAGAAUUGGAUCGAUCCAUUACCUGAGGAUGAAUCCAAAGCAUCCACUGCAAACAUCCGCGGAAUUGGUUUACAAUCACAAGAUCUCCCAGAAUGGAAAAAACAUGUUAUCGGAGGUAAAAAAUCAUCGUUCGGUAAGAAAACUAACCUCACUAUUAUCGAACAACGUGAAUCACUACCCAUAUAUAAGUUACGCGAUGAAUUAAUCCAAGCCGUGACGAAUAAUCAGAUAUUAAUCGUGAUUGGAGAGACUGGUUCGGGUAAAACAACGCAAAUCACGCAGUAUUUAGCCGAGGCGGGUCUAACCUCACGUGGGAAGAUUGGCUGUACACAACCAAGGAGAGUUGCGGCUAUGUCUGUCGCCAAGCGGGUUGCAGAAGAGUUUGGUUGUAGGUUAGGUCAAGAAGUAGGUUAUACCAUCCGAUUUGAAGACUGCACAUCGUCGGAAACACUUAUAAAAUACAUGACGGAUGGUAUGUUGUUGAGAGAAUGUUUAAUGGAUCUUGAUUUGAAGAGUUAUUCGGUGAUUAUGUUGGAUGAGGCGCACGAACGGACAAUUCACACGGAUGUUUUGUUUGGUUUGUUGAAACAAGCAGUGACGAAACGUCCAGAGUUGAAAUUGAUUGUAACUUCAGCUACUUUGGACGCUGUGAAGUUUUCUCAGUACUUUUUCGAAGCUCCCAUCUUUACUAUUCCUGGUAGAACGUUUCCGGUUGAGGUUUUGUAUACAAAAGAACCUGAGACUGAUUAUUUGGAUGCUAGUCUUAUAACUGUCAUGCAGAUUCACCUGCGGGAGCCACCAGGUGAUGUUUUGUUGUUUUUGACUGGUCAGGAGGAGAUUGACACUGCUUGUGAGAUUUUAUACGAACGUAUGAAGAGUCUGGGACCGGAUGUGCCUGAACUCAUCAUACUUCCGGUUUAUUCUGCGUUGCCUUCCGAGAUGCAGACAAGGAUCUUUGAACCUGCCCCGCCUGGAAGUAGGAAAGUUGUCAUUGCUACUAAUAUUGCAGAAACUUCGUUGACUAUCGAUGGGAUUUUUUACGUUGUUGAUCCUGGUUUUGUUAAGCAGAAGGUUUAUAAUUCUAAGACUGGUAUGGAUUCGUUGGUGGUGACACCUAUAUCACAAGCGCAGGCGAAGCAGAGGUGUGGGAGAGCUGGGAGGACAGGUCCAGGAAAAUGUUAUAGAUUGUAUACGGAAAGGGCGUAUAGGGAUGAAAUGUUGCCUACGCCUGUUCCGGAGAUUCAGAGGACGAAUUUAGCGGCUACUGUGUUGCAGUUGAAGACGAUGGGGAUCAAUGAUUUGCUACAUUUUGAUUUCAUGGAUGCGCCACCUGUGGAGUCACUUAUAAUGGCGUUGGAGAAUCUGCAUUCGCUGUCUGCUUUGGAUGAUGAGGGACUUUUGACACGUCUAGGACGAAGGAUGGCAGAAUUUCCUCUAGAACCUAACCUCUCAAAGAUGCUGAUCAUGUCCGUGGCACUCCAAUGUUCCGACGAGAUUCUCACGAUUGUAAGUAUGUUAUCCGUGCAGAAUGUCUUCUACCGUCCCAAAGACAAACAAGCGAUCGCCGACCAAAAGAAAGCAAAGUUCAACCAGGCCGAAGGCGACCAUCUCACAUUACUAGCCGUCUACAACAGCUGGAAAAACAACAAAUUCUCCAACGCAUGGUGUUACGAGAAUUUCGUUCAAAUCCGCACAUUAAAACGCGCUCAAGACGUACGUAAACAAUUGUUAGGUAUAAUGGACAGACAUAAACUCGACGUGGUUUCCGCUGAGAAGAACACCGUACGCGUCCAGAAAGCAGUUUGUUCCGGCUUCUUCCGAAACGCAGAAAAAGACCCACAGGAAGGUUACAGAACCCUAGUUGACAGUCAAGUAGUUUAUAUUCAUCCAUCAAGCGCGCUUUUCAAUCGCCAGCCAGAAUGGGUGAUAUAUCAUGAGUUAGUACAGACUACAAAGGAAUACAUGCGUGAAGUCACCGCCAUUGAUCCAAAAUGGCUGGUGGAGUAUGCGCCUGCGUUCUUCAAGUUCUCCGAUCCGACAAAACUAAGUAAAUUCAAGAAGAAUCAACGACUUGAACCGCUGUAUAAUAAAUACGAGGAGCCGAACGCAUGGAGAAUAUCGCGUGUACGACGCAGGAGGAAUUAAUAUUUUAUUUCCAGUGUCAUCAUCCGGAAUGUACAGAUAAAAGUCUAUUAUCUAUGCUAAGCAAACAUAUUGAUUCACUUCAUUUACAUAAAUCCUUUGUCACGAAUAUAGAACGCUCGUUAAUAUGA